AGAUGAAGUAACAAAGAAGACAGUCUUGAGUCUUUUAGAGCGGUGUUGUACCAGGAGGUCCAGAACAAUGUUUUAUUUCAAAGUAAAAUAGCCUCACUCGUCAAACCGGAUGCACCAACUCGUCAGAGUGGAGAACAAGUGCGAUGCAACCUCAAACAUGAGUGGAAUUUGUGAUUAUAUAUCUUGCUCAUUUGCUUUCUAAGCAGAAUCUUGUCAUUCUUCUCUCUGCUCUCGCAAUGUUCGAGAAAGUCUUGAAAAUGUCAAAGGUCUCCCCUCUUGCCCUCAACUGCUUGCUGGAAAGAUCAGAGCGUAGAUAUAAGUUUCUCUUUUUUAUAGCAAGAUGUCUUUCCAACUUACCCCCGAGUAUAUCUACGCCUUCCUGGGUCCAGCAGCUCAAGGAGAAUGGACACCAUUCCUCGAUGGUCUGGAUCCGGACGUGAACUGGAUGAUCGGAGAUCCAACCUUCAACGAACAACAUCGAACUGGGACAUAUAAUGUCAAAACCUGGCGUGAAAUAGUCAACAAACCCCUCAUAGCACGGCUUGCUAGCCCUCUAACCAUGAAAAUCGAAAGUCUGGACAUCAUUGGGCUCAAAGCGAUCGUCGAAGCGAGCGGGUCUGCAACACAGAAGAAUGGGAAGCAGUAUAAUAACAGAUACUGUUGGAUCUUGAUCUUUGAUGGAAAGACUGGCAAGGUGGUCACUAUUAGAGAGUAUAUAAAUACUGCAAUGUUGAAAGAGGUGAUGGAAACGAACGAGAUUUGAAGUUAAUGCAGCAGCUCUUCAUCAUUCCUCAUUAGCUGAUUGACAAUGUAUCCCUUUUCACACCGGACUUUCGCGUCGUGUGAUGUUAACUCGAGCUCAAUACCACAAGCGGAUGGAAGACCCGUCCUCGGAUAUAGCCCACAUCGCGAC